AUGAGUGAAAAACAUUUAAUAACACAAGAUCCUAAAAAAUUGGAAAAAUUACAUGAAUUCGCCAAAAGAGGCGGAAUCGGUAAAGGCAUUGCUAAUCAAGAUACGUUGGCAGAUACCGAGGAUGAUUUAAUGUUUUUCACUGGAGAAACGGUUACAGUUUUAAAACAUAUUAAAGAUGAUUAUUUUCUUGGAUAUUGUGAAAGCGUUAUUGGAAGAUUUAAAGGCAGCACAGUCGAUUUCAAUGGCCCUCUGAAAGAUCUUAAAUCAUUAAAAUUGGAGCAAAAAUCUUCAAAUCGAAAUCAUAACACACCACUUUCAGAUAAUAAUAAUAAUAACAUUAGAAACUUACCAGAUUUAUCUAAAAGUCAAAGUGACUUUCUUCAUUCUGAUGCAAUUCAAAAUCAUCAAAAACCGGCAAUAAUAAUAGCCAAUCCACUAAAAAGAUCAUCUAGUAACAAUUCACUUUCGUCACUUCGAAGAAACAACACAUUACCAAAUCUAUUACCAUCAUCAUUGUCAUCAAGUUCAGUUUCAUCACAAAAAUGUCAAAAUACGUCACCAACAAUAUUGAUUUCUAGUGAUACUGCUUCUUAUAUAUCAGAACAUAAUAAUCCGACACCUAUAUUACAAAACAAAGAUCAAUCGAUCGAGACAGAUCAUCAUGAUGAAUAUUAUCAUCCUGAUGCAUCAAAUAAUUUUAAUAUUAAUAAACGAGACAAUAGACAAAAUUUCGUUAAUAGUAAUAGUAAUAAUAUGGAAAAUCAUCAUUCACCUUCACCUUCGCCUAAACUUGCUAAACAUGAAACCAUUACAAAUGAAAAUAAUCAUGCUAUUACUGCUGCUUCUACCAAUUCAUUUGUUGAAUCUGAUCAAAACAAAAAUGUUGUUGUCAUUCCAACCUUUAAGAUAGAUUUGGUACCCGAUACUAUAACCAAAUCAUUAAUCUCUGAACAAUUUAACAUUAAAGAAAAUCCAAAAGUCACUAUUAUCUCUAAAGAUCUCAAAAAUAAUGAAAUAAAAGAAAUUGUUUUAGAAUCAUCCAAAAUUGAAACAUCAAUAGUAAUAGAUAAAUCAGCAAUCGAAUCUUCAUUAUAUCGUCAACAUGAAGCAAAAUGGUUGGAUAUUCUUAGUAACAUGAAUCCUACUAUGGCAAGGGAUUCAAGAAAGAUUAAAAAAUUGGUUCGUCUUGGUAUUCCCGAGUCAUUGCGUGGAAAAGCAUGGCAAUUUAUGGCAAGUGCAGAUAAAUUUAGGAAACCUGGUUAUUAUGAUGAAUUACGGAAACGCCCUGCUAUUCCUAUUUAUGAUAUAAUUGAGAUUGAUAUACAUAGAUGUUAUCCUGACCAUAUUCAAUUUCGAAAAGAGACUGAAGACCUUCAUGAUGUUCUUAAAGCAUAUGCACAUUAUAAUCCAUCAAUAGGGUAUUGUCAAGGAAUGGGACGCUUGGCUGGCAUGAUGCUUAUGCAAAUGCCAGUAGAAGAUUCAUUUUGGUUACUUGUAGCAACCUUAGAAAAAUAUAUGGUUGGCUAUUUUACACCCAAGUUGACUCAAAUUAGAAUAAAUUCCAUCGUAUUUGAACAACUUUUAAUUGAAAAUUAUCCUAAAUUAGCACAACAUUUGGCAGAAAAUGAUGUAAUUCCACUCAUAUAUGUCACUCCAUGGUUCAUGACAUUAUUUACCAUGACCUUACCAUGGGCAUCUGUACUACGUGUCUGGGAUAUGUUUUAUUUUGAGGGCGUAAAUUUAUUAUAUAGAAUUGGGCUGGCAAUAAUGGAAUGUUCACAAGAUUAUAUCCUUAAAGAAUGUCCAACAAGUUCAGAAAUCUUGGAGUUUUUAUUACAUAUCCCACAUGAGUUUUUGACACCAGAUUUAUUGUUAGAAGCAGCUUUUAAAAUCAAGGUUAAAAAUCGUGUUAGAAAAUUAACAAAGAAAAUUGAGGCAAUGGAAAGGGAAAAAGAUAAUAUUAAUAAUCUUGAUUUUGUUAAUGGAACUAAAAAAUCAAAAAAUGAGAAAUUAAAGAUUAACGGUGUUGAAUUUAAAUUAGUCGGUGAGGGAGGUCAAUAA